UCCGGCAGCGCAUCGACACAGCCAUCCAGGACAUGCCAGAGAACCAGGAGAUCAAACAGCUGCUGGAAGGAGCCUACCUGCACUACUUCCACUGUCUGCGGAUCGUGGAGAUCCUCAAGGGCACUGAGGCCUCCACCAAGAACCUCUUUGGGCGCUACUCGUCCCAACGCAUGAAGGACUGGCAGGAGAUUGUGUCCCUCUACGAGAAGGAGAACACCUACCUGGCCGAGCUCUCGAGCCUCCUGGUGCGCAGCAUCAGCUACGAGGUGCCAGCCCUGCGCAGGCAGAUCGGGAGGUGCCAGCAGGCACAGCAGGAGCUGUCCCGGCGUGAGGACGAGUGCCAGCUGGGAGCAGCUGAGCUCCGGGAGCGUUUCUUUGCCUCCUGCAGGCAGUAUGGCAUCACUGGUGACAACGUGCGCCAGGAGCUGUUGGCCUUGGUGAAGGAUCUGCCGACGGUGCUGGGGCAGAUUGGGGCAGGAGUGAGUGCACUGGGAGAGGCCAUCGAGCUGUACCAGGCCUGCAUGGAGUUUGUGUGUGACAGCCCUGCAGAGGUGGUGGUGCCACUGUUGAGGCACGUGAGGAGCAGAGGGAACACGACGGUGUACGAGUGGAGGACUGGGCAGGAACCUCUCCGGGUACAGCGCCCAGAGCUGGAGGAGGUGCCAGAGCCACCCAAGGAGGACACAAUUGACUGGGGAGACUUCACGCUGGAGCCCACCCAGGAGGGUGACAGUGCCAAUGCCCCUGGGGGUGCCCAGGGCGAGGAAAUCGACUGGGGGAUCACUGUGGAGCCCAGUGCCCAGGACGAUGGCAUUGACUGGGGAGAUGGUGAUGCUGAGGAGGUGCAGAUCACCGUGGUGGACGCUGGCACUGAGGUUCCUGAGGGAGUUGCCUGUGGCUCUGAUGCUCUGACGCUGCUGGAAAACUCAGAGACAAGGAACCAGUUCAUCGAUGAGCUCAUGGAGCUGGAGCUGUUCCUGUCCCAGAGGCUGGUGGAGCUGCAGGAGGAGCCUGACCAGCUUGCCCCAGCCGUGCUGCAGGGCCAGAGCAGUGCCAGGGUGGGCUCCCAGCUGGCCACGGUCAGGGCACUGCUGGCCCAGCUCUGCACUCGCAGCAUGCAGCACCUCUUCAUGAUCCUCGCCUCCCCCAG